AUGGUUGCCGAUGUCGAUGCAAUCGAUAUCGAUGAUGAUGAUGACGACGAUGCUGGUAUAUUCAGCAUCGCCAAUGACUACCAAAGUGAGGAAGAUGACACCCUCACUGGUGAAGACAACUUUCUUUAA